CAAGCCUAAAAAACAACAAGCAGGCCAACACCAAGAUUUACGUUCUGAUAAAGACAAACAAAGAAAAAGAAAACAAGAAACCAAAUGGAAGAAUCCUCAUUUCGUUUAUUCGUGCUGUUGGCUUUCCUUCUUCUCUCAACCGCUUUUGUCGAAUGCAAGGUUCGACGUUACACGUUCAAGGUGGUGAUGAAAAAUACUACAAGAUUAUGCUCGAGCAAGCCAAUUGUCACAGUGAAUGGGAAAUUUCCAGGACCAACUCUUUAUGCCAGGGAAGAUGAUACAGUUCUUGUCAGGGUAGUCAACAAGGUCAAAUAUAAUGUUUCCAUUCAUUGGCAUGGCAUUAGACAAUUGCGAACUGGAUGGGCAGAUGGGCCUGCAUAUAUUACGCAGUGCCCUAUUCAACCGGGGCAAAAUUAUGUAUACAAUUUCACCAUUACAGGGCAAAGAGGAACACUUCUUUGGCAUGCACACAUUCUUUGGCUAAGGUCCACUGUCCAUGGCGGCCUUGUUAUCUUGCCUAAGCGUGGCGUUCCUUACCCAUUCCCAGCUCCCCAUAAGGAAGUGGUGGUUGUAUUAGCUGAAUGGUGGAAAUCAGACGCUGAAGCUGUAAUCAAUGAAGCUCUAAAGUCUGGAUUAGCACCUAAUGUCUCUGAUGCCCACACUAUCAAUGGACAUCCUGGGGCUGUUACCAAUUGUCCUUCCCAAGACGGCUUGAAUUUGCCAGUAGAAAGUGGCAAGACGUACCUGCUAAGACUAGUCAAUGCUGCACUCAAUGAAGAGCUCUUCUUCAAAAUUGCAGGGCACCAACUUACAGUUGUAGAAGUUGAUGCCAGUUACGUAAAACCCUUUAAAACAGAUACAGUGCUAAUUGCUCCAGGCCAGACCACCAAUGUUCUCAUCACAGCUGAUCAAAACUCCGGCAAAUACUUAGUAGCAGCAGCACCGUUCAUGGACGCACCAGUUGCAGUUGAUAAUAAAACGGCGACCGCCACCCUUCACUAUUCCGGCGCGCUUAGUAGCACAUCCACCAUUCUCACCAAACCACCCCCCCAAAAUGCCACCUCUAUCGCUAAUAAGUUUACUAAUUCCUUACGUAGUUUAAAUUCUAAAACAUACCCUGCAAAGGUCCCAUUGAAAAUUGACCAUAAUCUUCUUUUUACUGUUGGUUUGGGCGUUAACCCUUGCCUCACUUGCAAGGCAGCCAACGGUAGUAGGGUUGUUGCGAGUAUCAACAAUGUCACAUUUGUUAUGCCAACUACUGCUCUUCUUCAAGCUCAUUUCUUUAAUAUUAAUGGGGUUUUUACUACCGAUUUUCCUGCGAACCCACCUCAUGUUUUUAAUUUUACUGGAAAAGGGCCUGCAAAUUUGCAAACAAAAAAUGGAACUAAGGUUUAUAGGUUGAAGUACAACGAGACAGUUCAGCUUGUUAUGCAAGAUACUGGAAUUAUAGCUCCUGAGAACCAUCCUGUUCACUUGCAUGGAUUCAAUUUCUUCGCCAUUGGUAGAGGAACUGGGAACUAUAACCCAAAAACUGAUCCUCAGAAUUUUAAUCUUGUUGAUCCUCCUGAGAGAAAUACGGUCGGAGUUCCUACUGGUGGAUGGGUCGCCAUAAGAUUUCGUGCAGAUAAUCCUGGAGUAUGGUUCAUGCAUUGCCAUCUAGAAAUACACACGACAUGGGGACUUAAGAUGGCGUUCUUGGUGGAGAAUGGGAAAGGCCCUAAUGAGUCACUCUUACCACCUCCAAGUGAUCUUCCCAAAUGUUAAAUCGGCUAAAUAUUUCAUACACAUAAUUACAGGAAAAGUGACAAUAUGCGGAAAGAGAGAGGAAAGAAAACAAAAAGAAAUUGAGACUUUCAUAUAUAUGAAGGUCCUAUUUGUUUCUUGAGUAAAUUUAAAAAAAAAAAAAUUUGCUCAAGCAAAUUUGAAUAAAAUUGUAAGAGCAUUUUGAUGAUCUUAUUAAUAAAAAAAUGAAAUCAAAUGAA